UUGACAGUGAGAUUCCCAAGAUAGUGCAGUUUCAAACAACUUUCAACAAGUGCUCAUAUAGUGGCCCCAAAGCAACCUGAUUUUAAUAAAUAUCAACCAUGGAGAUUAUGGAAGAUGGCAAUUUGGUCGAUCGUGUUCGCAUUUUGCUACAACGAGAUAUGCAAUAUUAUGAGAACAUGCAGACCGUACUUCGAGAGCCUCUGUGCAUAAGAGUAAGUGGUGGAAAACACGAUUUUCCGCGACACGCUUCCUUCGGUGCCAUAAAAAUCGUUAUGUGGUGGGAAGCGGAAUUUACUGCGGCUUUCAAACGUGCAUCAGGCCUAAGUUCGACGAGCAUCGAAUUGAGUACAAGCACAGGAGGAGUAGUUAAAAAUUUGCAACCCUCCGACUUUGUAUCAAUGAUCGUGGAUACUUCACAACAAUUCUUAGAGCAUUUACACACGUUAAUCCAAGAAGCCCUGGAUCAUGCCGAUCUUACAGUGCUGACCGCUACAUUAGGCGCCGCUGCAUUAAUUCGAAAUAGUCUGUUGUGUUACAAUCAACAAAUAAAGGAAUCCAUUUCUCAAGAUUUAAGUGAACAAAUGUCCAAAAGCCAUAAACGCUUUCACGAAAUGGCCGAAGCCGUAGCGGAGAGAUUGUUGGAUUUACACUGCCGCCUUAUAUCUCUGUACAUUUUAAACGAAGCCGACUCUCUUAGCUGGCAUUACGAGAAACCCUUUUUCGAGAAAGAGAGAUGCUCCUUCGUGAUACAAAUGUGGUGGUUAUAUAUGCAAGGUACCAAAGCAGAUUUAUGGAAUACCGUGUCACCAAAAAUGGCGCAGCGAGUGUUUACUGGGAUGCUAAACGAAUCUCUUACAAUCCUCACCUGCCGUUUUAUCCACGGUAAACCAAGCCUAGCUCGGUCUCAGCAAUUUUGGGGAGACGCAUUCAAUGUUUUAUGCUGUACUGCAUAUUUAGCUUUGAGUGCGUGUACCGAUGGAAGUGAUUUAGCCGGAAUGUGUGUGAAAAAGUUACCCAUAGCUUUGAGAGAUGUCCAUGCAAAGUGCAAUGAACUGCUUAUUUAUUUGCUUCUUCGAGGAACUCCAUUAAAGAUUUUGUAUCAGGUAUUCCGAAAAGGGUUGGGCAAUUUGGCAAUGUCACAGCCUCGAAGUGGACCAGCACUUUGGUUGUUAUUUUGUGCACCACAGUUGUUAAAAUGUGCCACGUCGGAAUUGAAAUUCGAUUCGCCGGUUUUACCCGAAGAACAAGCCGUGAUACUGGAGUUGCAUGUGUUAAAGUCUCAACCUCAGCCUAAUUGGUCUCAGUUAAUGAAAGUCUUUAGAAUGAAUAAUUAUGCCGUAAUGAAAAUAUUGGUGAGCGCUUUGGUUCGUCAAUGUGUCGGCUACACCACGAAAGAGAAUUCAGGUCAAUGUAGUGAUUCUAAAGAUGAAUCUGCAGGAUGUGGCGGAUUCCUCUGUCCUGGCAAUGCAUGCUAUCAAAUUUCUGAUAUAUCUCCAGCUUUGGGUUUGUACAGCCUUGUUCAUAUAUGCGUUUGCACCACAGUGGAUCCUUCUGUAAUAAUUAUACCAGCUCUCGAACAAGACGAAUCAUGGUACACAUACCUCGAUAGGCAACAGGUGUGGAGUCAAUCUCGGCCACCUUGGUUGAAUGCACUUUUAACACCUUUGCGUCCAAUGAUGACACCGAUCGUUGAAACAUUAUUAGAAGCCGCAAAGACAGGAGCCAGUCUUUACCAAGCAAUGUCUCUGGCCCUGGCUUGCAUAACCGAGCUGUAUUUAUGCGCUCCGAUUGGCGCUCUACGACUAGCUUUUGCAUUAGAUGGAAACAUUCCUGCUCAUUGUCAUCCUCUAGGAGGUUCCGUUGUCCUUCAAGUACUGUGCUCAUCCCUGUACACUGCUCUGUUGGAAGUGUCCGAAUCCAUAAAAUCGGACGACCAGAGUAGUUUACCAAGUUCCGCGGAACUUCCUGUAGAAAUGUCGCCUUUUAAUCCACAUGACAAAGCCUCUUCUGCGACCACUCUGGCAGAAGCUCUUUGUAGCAUCGACGAGGACAACAAACAUACCGACCAGAUCGAUACCUUGGUCGGACUUAUAGCAGAAAGUCUAGAGUUCGAUGAUUCCAAACUGCGGAACACGGAGCUAGAAAAUCUUCCCUGUGUUGCGGAGACCUACGCAGAUGAACUGCUGUUCACCGACACGGGGCGACGCUCACUAAAGGUGGCCCACGAGUAUCUACUUCGCACCAGCAAUUGGGUCUUACAUUAUCUGGGAUAUCACGGCGGAAAGUAUCCGACAAUUUGUUCCAUGCCGAUGAAGGCGAUAACAUCGAAGUCACUUUUACACGUUAUGUUUCAUAUCGAGGACAUAGCCUUCGAUCAGUUUUUGACUGGGUACGCUGAGGGAAACUGGAAAACGCUGUUAAUGAAACCUCUGUCGAUCUCGAGUGAUCGAGUGCGCAGUCAAGUACUCGCACGUCCAGAAUUUAAAAAUUUAUCCGAACUUCCCCUCGACGAGCGCGAAAUAGCUAAUACCAUUAAACAGAUAUUUUCCGGGAAAGCCAAUCGACUUAAACAAUGAAAAGCGUAUGCCCGAUGAAAUUGAUUCCGCCAUCCAGCGACAGGUGACAGUCAUGUGAACUAUUAGUCACUCUUUAACGUACGAUAUCGUUAUUAUCAAUAUUCAUAUUUAUCGUAUAAGAAAGAAGUCAGUUUUGGCAAUAAUAAUAUUGGUGCAGCUGCAUUGGAAAGUUUCAGUCUUUAAAUUAUGAAAUUAUUUAAAUCCGUUUGUCACACAAUAAAUCGGCAUAAAUGCAAACCAAAAUAGGACCGUGGGAAGAGUAAGGCAAGUGAUAUUUUAAAAUAAUAUCAGGACAGCUGCAUUGGAGAUUUCCAUCCUUCAAAUGAUGAAAUUAUUUAAAUCCGUUUAUCACAUAAUAAAUCAGCUUAAAUGCAAUUUGAAACAGAGCCGUGAGGCAAAGUCCGGCAAUUGCGAAUUGCCCGAGGGGCUUUAUAGUUAAAUUGGUCAACUGUAAUCAAGAAAUUGUAGUAAAAUAUGUAUUUAGCUCUGCAUUACAGCGUCAACUCUAAUGCAAUCCUCGUGAUGCAUCACUCCAUACAGAUCAAUUCUCUAACAAAUUAUAAGCGGAUAAGUAAAGAGUCGACUAUUUUAUUAUGUUCUCUGAGGCACCUUCUUUACAGUUGGUUAUUAUAAGCAACAUGUUUGUAACGAAAGCAAUGUUCUUGUUCCGGCAUUUGUAACUUAUAAAUGCGGUUUUAAUCUCCUGUCGCCAAAUCGACGGUCCUAUUUCCACGUAAACAUUUGUAUUAUCAAAAGCCUCUGAUAAAUAUUUCAUUGAAUACAGUUAAAAUCGAGAAUAGGGAUCCGGUGCUGCCUAGACGGUAUCCUUUUUUUUAGAAAAUUAUCGAUAGAUUUCUUAUUGCGUACACAUCGAGCGUUAUAACUGGCCAGCGUCCUGGAUACAUAAUAUAUAGCAUGCAGUGCAGUUACAAUAUUUGGCACAUUUAUUGGCAAACCCCUAGAGCCUGCCGGUAAGCCGAGACCAAUGGCAUAUAUCGUCGCGAGAUCUCGAUUAACCGAUGACCGAGAAGCUUCAAAAGGUUCUUCUUUUAACUGCGGAUUAUUCGCCAAAGGUACUUAGGCCUGAAGCCGUUCGCCAUAGUGCUAGAAUUUUUACUCCAGAGCUGAGAGACAAUAAUCGACGAAAAUAUAAAAUAAGAAAUCGAAAAGGGAACAGAAUUCCUUGACAAAUGGAUAGAGAGUCCCCUUUCUAAAAGCUGGUACACCAAAUUGACUUCAGUGUGUAGAUCUGCACAAAUCAGUUUUCGUAAGAUCAAAAUUUCUUCCACCGCGACAUCUACGAGGACACC